AUGGUCCACCGCCGAAAGGAAAGAUCACAUGUUGCGCUGGUGUACGCGAAGUCAAGAGUAGCACCCCUGAAGUCGCAGACUGUGCCGCGACUAGAGCUACAAGGAUGCGUCCUGGCAAACCAGAUGAUAAACGUUCUUCAAACGGAGAUCAUGAUCGACAUUACCCGGCUGUACUUCUGGACCGAUUCGAAGAUCUGUUUGUGUUGGUUGAAGUCGGAUCAGAAGCUGACGGCCUAUGUCGGCGCUCGCGUAAUGAAGAUUAAGGAGAAUGGUCACGGAGUGCAGUUCUGGAACUGGGUUCCGUCGCAGCUCAACGUGGCGGAUUUGGCAACGAAGUGCUCGAAGAUUGGCAGCAUGCAGGAAUGGCUGCGUGGCCCAGACUUCCUCUGCCGGGAUAGCUCUACCUGUCCGGUCGACGAACUGUUGGAAAUGUCCUCCGCAGAGUUCGCGAGCUUCCACUCCGAAAUAACCGUCGAAGAUGUGGCCGGACCGCUGUGCUGUGCGGCGUUCAAAGAAAAGUUGAUCGAUCUACCCGACAUUGCCAGGUUCUCGGAUUUCAACCGGCUGAUCAGGUCAACUGCGUACUACCUGAAAAUGAGAAGACGAGUUUUGCCGAAACGAGAAAAGCCUGAUCAGUUGACGAUCAAUGUUCGUGACAUGGAUGAAGCAAGAAAAGCGUGGUACAGGAAGGUACAAUCGGAGACCUUCGAAUCCGAGCUGCGUAGCUUGAAGAUGUCAGGUUACGUGAAAAGUAGCAAUCGUCUGAAAACAUACUCCCCGUUUCUCCACGAUGGAAUCAUUCGGAUGCGAGGUCGUGUCCAAGAUGACAGCAAGCCGUUCGAGGUGAACAACCCGGUGAUCCUUCCCGACGGCCAUCCGUUCUGUACGCUGCUGAUCCGGAUGUAUCACAUUGCCAACGCGCAUCAAGGCCUGGAAACAGUCAUCAACAACGUCAAGGAACGCCACCGGAUACUGAAGAUCCGUUCGCAGGUGAAGAAGUACACGAUGUCCUGUGUGAAGUGCCGAGAGCUGAGAGCGAAGCCAACCGUGCCGCAGAUAGGAAUCCUGCCGCCGGCACGAACAACCCCGCACGUGUAUCCGUUCACCUGUACUGGCAUCGAUUACUUCGGGCCGCUUUCUGUAAAGGUUGGCCGGCGCGUGGAGAAAAGGUGGGUUGUGCUGUUCACCUGCAUGACGUCGAGAGCAGUACACCUGGAAGUGGUGCCAUCGCUCGAUACGAACAGCUGCCUAAUGGCAAUACGCUGUUUCAUGUCUGUCCGUGGACUGCCGCAGUGCAUCAUGACCGACAACGGUACCAACUUCACCGGUACCGACCAGGAACUGAGGACGCUCGUAAAGUCACUGGACCAGCCGCAGAUUGAGGAGUCGUUGAGUGUUAGAGGAGUACAGUGGAAGUUUAUACCCCCCGGUGCUCCACAUUUCGGGGGAUGCUGGGAGCGAUUAGUCCGCACCGUCAAAACUGCACUUGGUGCAAUGCUGAGAGACCGACACCCUACGGACUUGGUGCUCCGGACGGCGUUGUGCGAGGCGAUAAACACUGUCAACAAUCGGCCGUUGACGCACGUUGCGGACGACCCCCUGGAUCCUGAACCGUUAACACCGAACAUGCUGCUACUCGGACGGAACAACGUGAUCCAGUUUGACCACGAUUUUGACGAACGGGACCUGGACUGUCGUGCCGCCUACAAGCAUUCCCAGAUCUAUGCGGAUCGUUUCUGGCGCAAGUGGGUGGCCGCAUAUCGCCCGGAGCUCAUCCGGAGUCGCAAAUGGCCGGACAACAGGAGGUAUCACGAGUACAAGGUUGGUGACAUUGUGAUGCUGGUGGACGAGACUCUACAUCGUGGUAACUGGCCAAAGGGCGUGGUAGAGAAAACCUACCGUGGCCCGGACGGAAAAAUAAGAACUGUGGAGAUACGAACAGCGAAGUCACGGUACAAGCGACCCGUCAGCAAAGUUGUGUUGCUGCAACCCAUCAGUUCGUCUUCUGGCCCGGAGAAUGUUGCGAACAAAAUUAGCUAA